CAAACACACAGCCGAGCCCGAGGAGUUCUCUGAAAGCAGUGCGAAGGUUUUUUUAGGGCUUUACGAAUCAGAAAGCUCUGCUAAGCAACUGCGUUUUGAUUCGGAAGCAGUAAAGGUCAUAUUGUUCUCUGGACUCUUAGUAUGGCGACAGCCACUGGUCUCGAGUCUCUUGUUGAUCAGAUGAUUUCGGUGAUUACAAAUGAUGGACGCAACAUUGUGGGAGUUCUUAAAGGUUUCGACCAAGCUACAAAUAUAAUCCUUGAUGAAUCUCAUGAACGUGUGUUUUCCACAAAGGAAGGGGUACAACAGCAUGUGUUGGGUUUGUACAUUAUCAGAGGCGACAACAUAGGUGUUAUUGGGGAGCUGGACGAGGAGCUUGAUGCAAGUCUGGACUUAUCAAAACUGAGAGCUCAUCCUUUGAAACCCGUCGUGCAUUGA